AUGGCACCUAACAAGAAGAACAUCCAGGGAGAUAUCUGGCCACGUCUGCCUAAAAAGCACGAGGUGUUCGUCUUUUUCCGAAUUAGUAACCCAGCACGGUUCAAGAAACACUUAGCCGGCCUUGUCCCGCUGCUCACGACCGCUCGUGAUGCUGAGAGAUUCAGAUCCGACAUCUACAAAAAGAAGGCCGCAGGCACACUCCAAGGAAUUGUUCACUUAUCCGCUAUCAAUAUUGCCUUCUCCGCUAAGGGGUUAAAGAAACUGGGAGCCGAGUCAUUCAAGGAUGAUAUCUUCAACAACGGAAUGUGGGAGGAUUUGACUUACCCAAUGGAGGGAGAUGACAAGACAAAGCACAACGGACUCGAUGACCAGCAUGAUUGGUACCAUCAAUUCACCCCACGCCUGGGAUACAUUGACGGCGUCUUUAUUAUCACCGGUGAUAGUGAAAAGACCCUGACUGAUACCGUUGAGAUGGUCAAGAAAACCUUUGGAAUUGGUCUUACGGGCGAGCCAGUCAACGGAUUUCCUGUGGUCGACCAGCCAAGUAUUCAACUCGCCUUCCAACAGCAGGGACAUGUCCUGGAUGAUGACAGAGAACACUUUGGAUGGGUUGAUGGUAUCUCCCAGCCAGCUGUUAUUGGCCUAGACACCGACGCAAAGGUUGAAGAAGCCAGAAAGGGCUUAAAGCCAAUCCAGGCUGGUACCAUCCUUGUCGGAGGCGAAGGUGAUGAAGGGAACCACCCAGCGUGGGCCAACGAGGGAAGCUUCAUGGUGUUCCGCACAUAUGAACAGAGAACACCCGAGUUUAUCGCAUGGUGUGCCGCCAACACCAAGAGACUGGCUACUGAGGGUCUGUCAGAUCUAGGGAAGGCAGAGCUUCGCAAAUUCUCUUCUCGUAUUGUGGGGCGAUGGCCCAACGGGGCUCCGCUUGAAAUUCACCCGGACAGUGAUCCCACACCUAUGCGGAGUGCCGAUCCAAUUGCUAACAAGCAGUUAUUGUUCAAGGAAUGGAAAGACGCAGGGUUAGACCCCGACGCAGAAUAUCGGAAAUUGGAAGAAGAAAACCACACAGAUGCCUUCACUUACAACCCCGAUGACCAAACUAAAUGUCCUUAUGCCGCACAUAUUCGGAAGUGCGGGCCUCGUGAUGACUUCCCCAACUACGAGAAGCAUCUCAUGCUGCGACGAGGAAUUCCAUAUGGACCCUUGACGCUGAACAAUGAAAAGGGUGGUGGUGUAUCACAGCAUGACCGGGGUCUCCUGUUCGUUUCUUACCAGAGCAGCAUUGAAAACGGAUUCCGAUUUGUCCAGAAAGUUUGGGCAAACGAAGAGGAUAAGCCUGUUGAUUUCACCUCCAAGUUGGGAAAUGCCGGGCCCCAGGGUAUCGAUGCUAUCAUCGGUCAAAUGCCCCCCGACUACCGUCACGAGGAGGAUGUUACCAAAUACGAAAGCCCAGCUCCAGUUGCAAAUUUCCCUGAUGUUCAGAAGCCCGUGCCAACCCCCAACAAGCACUUUAUCCCCAUCGAACGCUGGGUUAUCCCUCGUGGUGGCGAGUACUUCUUCGCACCUUCAAUUUCCGGAUUGCAAGAUACACUUUGCAAGUGA